AGAGAGAGAGAGAGAGAGAUAGAAAAUGGCGACGAUGGAUUUCCGGUGUUUCUUGAUGACUGCUUCAGUGUUGAUUCCCUUGUUGCUUUACAUAUCUUCAGCUUCUGCUGAUAAAUCGGGCGAUGUUACGGAGCUUCAGAUCGGAGUCAAGCAUAAGCCAGAAUCUUGUGAUAUUCAGGCUCACAAAGGUGAUAGAAUCAAAGUACACUAUAGGGGAAAACUCACGGAUGGAACUGUUUUUGAUUCUAGUUUUGAAAGGGGUAACCCUUUUGAGUUUGAGCUUGGCUCUGGUCAAGUAAUUAAAGGAUGGGACCAAGGACUCCUGGGAGCAUGUGUAGGGGAGAAGCGGAAAUUGAAGAUACCUGCAAAACUCGGUUAUGGGGCCCAAGGAUCUCCUCCUAAAAUCCCUGGUGGAGCAACAUUGAUUUUCGAUACUGAGCUUGUUGCAGUGAAUGGGAAAACAUCCAGUGGAGCGAAAGCCACAGCUGGUGGCAAUGAGCUAUAGUUGAAGGCACAUUCCUGAAGCAUUGGUAGCUGAAUUUUGAUAAGCUUUAAUCCCAAACCCUUGGUUGGGUCAAA